UACUUUUACUGUUCAAUGACGCGUUUUUUUUAACAUACAUUAUUUUUUAUUGCUGUCAUUGUCUGUGACCACGAAAACGAAAUAUAUAAUUAAAAUAAAUGAAUAAAAAAAAGUUGAACUUAAUAUAACGAUAAUAGGAAACCCGAGGGUAGGCGUUACUGAGACGCGGUAACAACGUAGAUCGUAAAAAAAGUUAUUUAAAAAUAUAAUUGAAAGUGAAUAUAGUGAUAAAAAACCGUACAAGUGACAAAUAAACUAGUGAAUGUGACUAUAUAAUGAAGGCAGGGUCCUAAGUUAACGAAUAAUCCAUAAAAUACCUAAGAAAAAACUGAAGUGUUAACAAACAACAACCUACGAUCUUUUCAAGUCUUUUCUCCCGAAACCAGGACCUAAUAAUUGUACCAAGGUCUAUGAAAGUGCCGGAGUGCAAGUGAAUGAAAAUCGCGAAAGCUAUCCCUUUUUUGGAAAACAUAACUUCUCUCCUGAAUGAGUCUGCAAUUUUACCCAUCUGUCAUAUCAAAAUAAUCUGGGAAACAGCGCCAUCUAUUAGAAAAAAAGCACACUACGUAUGAAAAAAACUAUCCAGCUCCACUAGAGGGCGCAACUAGUACCAAAACAAAACAGACAGCAUGGAAGAAAUCAUGAAAGCCUUACAAAAUAUUCAAAAAGAACUGAACGCUCAAAAAAUAGAAAUUCAGAAAAGUGGUGAAAAGGUGACAGAGCAAGUAACACUCAACAUAAUUAACAAAUUAGAAGAGAAAUUUUCCAUAUUGGAAGAAAAACAUCAAACUUUGAAAGAAAAUGUUGAACAACAAGAAAAAAGGAUUCAAUUUAUGGAAAAACAAGCAAGACAAAGAAACAUAAUUUUCUUCGGUAUCGAAGAGAGUGAGACAUCCUAUCAUAACUUGGAGAACAAUAUAUUGCAAUUCAUAAGUGAAAGACUGUUAUUAAAAUUGGAUUGUAGAGAUAUUCAAGAAAUAAAGAGAGUGGGGAAAAAGGGUGAUAAGCCGCGACCAAUAAUUGUAACCUUUUCUACCCUUGGUUCAAAGGUCAGCAUUCUUAAGCAUAAAAGAUUAUUAAAAGACACCCAAUACUACUUAAACGAAGACUACCCUAAAUACAUACUAGAAAAAAGGAAAGAACUACAGGAGGAAGCAAAUAGAGAGCGCGAGAAAGGAAAUAAAGUCACGAUAAAAUACGAUAAGCUGGUUAUAUUAAAAUCAAAUAACAAAAGAAUACUGAUGACUUCACCAGAGUCAGAUCCCAAUUCUCAAGCACUAGUUGGUAAUAGUACAACAAGACCCAUUAAGAAAAAAAUAAAACAAUCAAACCCAUAUAUACCUAGAUCAAAUAGUGUCUCAGAAGGAGUUCUUAAACCAAGCAUUCUAAGCUAUUUAGUAAACAAUAACGUUAAUACACCACAUAACCAAACCAACGAUAAAACCAUUAACUUACAUUCAUAACAAUCAACUUCCCCCUCCCUCAACGAUGCAACAUUCAAUCAAUUUCAACUAAGCAACGAAAACCAUCUUCCAAUCCGGCUGGUCACCGUGGAAGAUCAAGACCAAAACCCUCUAAAGAAGACAUCUCAAACUCCUUCAAUAAUAAGAAAUGGAACACUAACACAAGAAAUACUUAACUCAACUAAAAAGAAGAAA